GCCGAGCGGCCCACCAGAGACAAGCCUCAGGAUGCUCCGCUCCGCCCGCCGGCCGCGGCCCACCCGCCCGGUAGCUUCAACCUCUCGACCUGGAGCUCACAUCCCACCUCCGCAGCGGCACAGCACAACCCAGAAGCCUCCCCUCAUCACAUAGCAAAUGAACCGACUCCUGCCCCGCUGCAGCCCUCUGCUCCUCCGCCCAGCCAGACACCACCGCCACCGCACACCACCCAUUCCCCGCCGAGCCGCCGCCAGGAUGGACUACUCGACCGUCCCCACCCCGGAGCGGUGCUACGCCGACUUCUGCCUGGUCCCGGUCGGCACCGGCAACCUGUCGGUGGCCAAGGAGGUCGCCGAGGUGCAGAGGCUGCUCGCGGCGUCGGGCCUGGCCUACACGAUGCACUCGGCCGGCACGACCGUCGAGGGCAGCUGGGACGAGGUCAUGCGCGUCAUCGGCCAGGCCCACUCGGUCGUCCACGCCGCCGGGCCCCAGCGCAUCCAGACCUCCAUGCGGGUCGGGACGAGGACGGACAAGAAGCAGACUGCUGCUGACAAGGUCAAGAGGGUGGAGGACUUGUUGGCGGAGCAGAAAUAGGCCGUCUGUUAUUGCUUUGUUUGGGUUCCACUUUCGGCCGGCUGAUAUGUUUUGCUGGCUGGGUGGGUGGCCUUGUGGAGGCAUGAGACCUGGGAUGCUGCGGUGGAGAGCACCUGGUCCAGAGGGGCCGUGUGGUCAUGUCAAAGACACGCGAAGGCACAACUUCAUAUGUAAGCUACCGAAAUACCAAGGUCGGAUUGCCCUCCUUG